ACCGGCGGCCGACCAGUUGGACGGGUGACGUUAUCGUGAGUCUUGAUUCUUUGGCUUUUCGCUUCGCGCAGCUUUGGUGAAAGCACCGAUUGUUUGAACGCGUCCGAUUUACUAUCGCUGCCUGUCGCUGUCUGAUCCAUUGCUCCCUCCGCGAUCGCUUUUGUCGCGCUUUUGCCCAACGGUCUCACUCGUCGUUCUCGCUCGUCGACGUCUCUUUCUCGAGGAAAAAUCGCGUCGCCGUCCGGCGAAGCCGACAGGAGAGAGCCGUGUCCAUUGUGCGUCCACCGCCGGACGUUCUCGCGAAAUCAUGGAGGUCCUGCCGUGUCCCGUCAACGUGGACUUCAGCAACACCCGAGCUGGAAGCGAGACGGAUGAAUUGGACGGUGCUUGUCAGGCACUGGCUAAGAGGCUGGAGGUCGAGCUCAGGAGGGCUAAACACGCCCAGCUGGCUUGCGGCGAGGUCCUCCUGCCUGCCGAUUUGCUACCCAAGAUCGCCAAAGACGUACUUACCAUGGCGGAGAACGAGCCUUGCGGCCUGCGAGGCUGCACGUUGUUUAUUAGUUUCGAGACCGACAGUAUGUGUCGCAAAUUGUCGAGAAUACAGUGCGAUCCCAGUGCUGUAUCGACGUUCGAGCUUUAUCUCACCCUGAAGCAGGACCACACGUCCUGGCACAUGCUGCUGCCUCAAUUUUUAAAAAAUCUCACGCGUGGCGGUACCAUCAUGAUCAGUAGGGACUUCACUCUGCAGAAGAAGAAACUCUACAGAUCUUACCAGCAAUCUCAUUGAGCAGCCUCGAGAUCAUACCCUGGGGUUUUGCUCGUUUAACAAUCACCCGUUUUGUCCAUAUACGCAAACGGGUAUGGCCAUUUUUGUCAGUCUGCCGCCCUGUGGGCGUCAGCCAAAUUUAUAUAAUAUCCGAAAGACCAGGAAAGGAAAAAUCUAAGACGGAAGAACAGCAAUGCGGACCUGAGGUUAGAUUCCGUCGUUAUAAAAUGACAUGCUGUAAAAUUCGCGUACUAUGGCCGCGAUCAUGAGAAGUUGCACUUAACCCUUUAACUUAAAAAUUACAUUUAGAUUUUCUAUAUGAUAUAAAUGAGACGAAUGAUAUUUCAUUUAUAAGAGACCACAGCAUCUUUUUGAACGAGGAUACUCGCACGAGUGCGGAAAUGAGAUUUGUUCUAUGAAUGUUUAAAAUUUGUUCGAUAGAUCCAUAAAGAAAUGAAGUAAGUUUGUAGAAAAUGCUGUUUUCCAGCAUAAAAUGGUUGCAGUUUGAACGCAAUAGUUUUGUCGAAAAGUUAGAUCUUGUAUCAAAGGUCUAGCAAUGCGUAGAUUUAAAAAUCCAAAAAUCUAGGCGUCCAUAAAUCUAGUAGUUUAACAAAAUCUAAAAAAUUUUAAAUCCAUACAUCUUAAACUACAGAAUCUGAAAUCAGAGAAUUUAACUUGCUGAAUCAAAAUUCAAAACGUAAAUUGAACAACUAGGUUUGAAGGACGCGGAAAUUAAAAAAAGAAAAAAAAUUGCAAGACUAGUUAUAAGAUACAAGAUAGAAAUUGAAAAUUGUAAAGUUUAAGGACAUAAAGCGUUUGUGAAAUUAAGGAUCGUAGAAUUUAAGACUUCCAAAAUCUAGGGAUCUAGAUUUGGAGUUAGAAGUAUUGUGCGAUUGUAUGAUAUAUUUAAGACGGUCUCACUGCUGAAUCGGUUAAAGGGUUAACGACAACAAGAUCGCUCUUUGUUUUGUCUGCUAUCAUCAUGCAAUACUAUAUUCAAGGAGAGAGGCCUAUUACGCGUUCGAUAAUUGUGAUAGCGCGAGACAAGUUCUAGUAGUAGCAGAUCUUAUAUCGCGAGGAGAGAGGCUCUCGCGUCUUCGUUCUCGAAGAGGAUAUGUGAUUAUAAGACUUGUAACAAAUUUCACGUGAUACGUAGCAAGUAUAAUUAGUUUUAGAGACAGCGCGUUUUACUGAUUAAUCAUAGUCAGGUAGCUAUUAGUCGCGUCGGAUGUUUAGUGACGAAUCUUUCGAAGCUCGUGGGUCUCCCACGGACGAGUACAUCCAUUGUCCAUUUUUCAUUGUGAAAUGCGAAAUGAUCAUGUGGGAAAUAAUGUGGCAGCAUAUUUCCCAAAUAGGAAAACCCUUUAUAAAAAUCUUGCAGGAUAAUCCCAAAGGAAUGAGACUGUUAUCUCUUGUGAUUGCUCUUGAUAUCAAUAUUUGAGAAUGAUUUGAACAUAUAAUCGAAUCGUCUUACAUUCAAUUAAUGAAUUAAUUUUCACGUUCUAUACGUACGUUUUUCUAUUGAACUUUCUAGAAAA